AGCUAGUGUACUCGUCCUAGAGAGCAGACAAAGUUGUGUACUCAGAAAAAAAUAAAAUAAAAAAAUAAAGGAGAAGAAGCAAAAGAAGAAAACAAAGAAACAAAAAUAACAGCAAAAACUGCAUCCUUAAAUUUAUGAAGUAGGGGAUAUAGUUGGGCUAAUGUAGGAGAGUUUGUAGACUACAAAAAAGCACUGUUUUUUCUUCUUUUCUGCAGAUAAGAAUUACCAAAAGAAGAACAACUAGUACUGAUCUGUGUUUGAGUACACUGUAGAAGAAGAAGAAGAAGAGGAAGAAAUGCAAACAGCAGUACUAUUCUAGUUUCUCUUUUUACUUCUUUCUUCUCUCUCUUCAUCACUCCAAAAACCAAAAAAAAGAAAACCACCCACUGAGAGGAAAGAAGCUAGUAAGUAGUAAUAAUCAUCAUCAUCAUCAUCAUCAUCAUGAAACACCAUCAACCUCUGCUCCCAGCACUCCAAAAAAGCUUCUUUAGCCACCAUCAAAACAUUUCUUCCCUUAAAUUUGCAUCCUCAAACCAACCCAGUUUCUCAGUUUCCACCACCACCAUCCCACAACCAUGAACCACCGCCACUUUUACGUUUCUUUGUUCCCCAGGGCGGCAUUCCUAGCUGUGUUGUUUCUCCUUUUUCUAGGAAUAUUCCCUGCCAGCUCCUCCUCCUCUGCUGCCGUUACAACUUCUUCCAGUUUACCUCUUGAGCUUAUUUCCCUCCUUUCUUUAAAGUCUAAUCUCAAAGACCCUCUUAAUACCUUCAAAGAUUGGGAUCCAUCUCCGGCCUUCUCUCAGCCGGGUGUUCCUGUUUGGUGCUCGUGGUCCGGCAUCAAAUGUGACAAGAAAACAAGUCAAAUCACCACCAUCGAUCUUUCCGGGAGGAAUAUCUCCGGUGUGUUACCGGCUGAGAUCAGAUACUUCUCCCACCUGCAUCAUUUGAAUUUGAGCAGGAAUGCAUUUGAUGGAAUCUUACCGCUGGCCAUUUUUGAAUUUUCUUUUCUUAGAACACUUGACAUUAGCCACAACCUUUUCAAUUCCACAUUCCCACCUGGAAUUUCCAGGCUGAGGUCACUCACUCACUUUAAUGCCUACAGCAACAGCUUUGUUGGCUCUCUGCCUCAAGAAAUCAUCCAUCUCCGGUAUCUCGAGUAUCUCAACCUCGGCGGCAGCUACUUUGAGGGUUCCAUUCCGGCGAGUUAUGGCAGUAUUCCGAGGCUCAAGUUUUUACAUUUAGCAGGGAAUUCGUUGACUGGUCCAAUUCCAGGUGAAUUAGGCUUCUUGAGUGAGCUUGACCAUAUUGAGAUAGGCUAUAAUGCCUAUGAAGGUGGGCUUCCAUCUCAAUUGAGCACAUUAAGGAACUUGUCUUAUCUUGACAUCUCAAAUGCUAAUCUUUCGGGUGAGAUUCCAUCGGAGCUUGGUAACUUGUCAAAAUUGGAAACUCUAUUGUUGUUCAAGAAUGUUUUUCAAGGUUCCAUUCCCGAGAGCUUCUCCCUUUUGACAUCUCUACAGGUUCUUGAUUUGUCUGACAAUCUGUUAACCGGUCCAAUUCCAACCUCAAUUUCAGCUCUGAAACAGCUUACCAUGUUGUCCUUAAUGGACAAUAAGUUAACAGGGGAAAUUCCAGAAGGGAUUGGUGAACUUCCAAACCUUGAAGUCUUGUCAUUGUGGAAUAAUUCACUCACUGGAAUCCUACCACAGAAGUUAGGAUCAAAUGCAAGGCUACAAAGGCUUGACGUUUCUUCAAAUUCGCUGUCUGGUCCAAUUCCACCGAAUCUCUGCCUAAGCAACAAGCUGGUCAAGCUCAUCCUUUUCUCUAACCAAUUUAUUGGUGAGCUUCCGCCAUCUCUCGCAAAUUGCAGUGCCUUGAACAGGGUUCGAGUUCACAUUAAUCGACUCAACGGCUCAAUUCCUUUGGGUUUUGGAUUCUUGCCAAAUUUAACUUACAUGGAUAUCAGCAGGAAUAACUUCACCGGGCCAAUUCCAAAAGAUUUAGGAAAUGCUGCCAUGUUGGAGUUCUUGAAUAUUUCAGUAAACUCAUUCCGAACAGAGUUGCCCAGAAAUAUAUGGAGCGCACCAGGAUUGAAGAUUCUCUCAGCCAGUUUUGCUCACAUAAUCGGCCCAAUUCCCGAUUUCAAAGGCUGUCAAAGCGUUUACAAGAUCGAGCUGGAAGGAAACAAUCUCACGGGAAGCAUCCCAUGGGACAUUGAUCACUGCGAAAAGCUCAUUUCUCUCAACUUGCGAAACAAUUCGUUUACAGGGAUUAUUCCCUGGGAAAUAUCGACGCUUCCUUCCAUUAUGGACGUUGAUUUGUCACACAAUUUCCUCACCGGAACAAUCCCUUCAAAUUUCGGCAACUGUAGUACUCUGGAGAAUUUCAAUGUGUCUUACAAUCAGCUCACGGGGCCCGUUCCCCCGUCGGAAUCCACCUUUGCGAGCCUACAUCCGUCGUCGUUUGCUGGGAAUGAAGGGCUCUGUGGUGGGGUCAUCAAAAAGCCCUGUCGGGCCCAGGGACUGGAAGAUGGGGCCACCGAAGUCCGGCAGCAGCCCAAGAAGACCGCCGGCGCCAUUGUCUGGAUCAUGGCCGCUGCAUUUGGGAUGGGCUUAUUCGUUCUGAUCGCUGCCAGCCGUUGCUUUCACGCGAGAUACAGACGGAGAUUUUCCGGCGAGCGCGAAGCCGGGCCGUGGAAGUUGACCGCGUUCCAGAGACUGAAUUUCACUCCCGAGGACGUUUUGGAGUGUUUGACCAUGACAGAUAAGAUCAUCGGGAUGGGGUCCACGGGGACGGUUUACAAGGCGGAGAUGCCAGGUGGCGAGAUCAUAGCGGUGAAGAAACUAUGGGGAAAGAACAAGGAGACGAUCAGAAAAAGAAGGGGAGUUUUAGCGGAGGUUGACGUACUAGGGAACGUGAGGCACCGUAACAUCGUCAGGUUACUUGGGUGUUGCAGUAACAAUCAGUGUACGAUGUUGUUGUACGAGUACAUGCCUAACGGGAGCCUGGAUGAUUUACUGCACGGUAAAAACAAGGGUGAUAAUUUGGUGGCGGACUGGUUGACCAGAUACAAAAUUGCAUUAGGUGUUGCUCAAGGGAUUUGUUAUCUCCAUCACGAUUGUGAUCCCGUCAUCGUUCAUCGCGAUUUGAAGCCUAGUAACAUUUUGUUAGACUGCGAGAUGGAAGCCAGGGUUGCCGAUUUCGGGGUCGCGAAAUUGAUUCAGAGCGACGAAUCAAUGUCUGUCAUUGCUGGAUCUUAUGGUUACAUUGCACCAGAAUAUGCUUACACAUUGCAAGUGGACGAAAAGAGUGAUAUUUACAGUUAUGGGGUGGUGUUAAUGGAAAUUUUGACCGGGAAAAGAUCGGUGGACUCGGAAUUUGGCGACGGAAACAGCAUUGUGGAUUGGGUGAGGUCGAAGAUCAAACACAAAAAUGGUUUUCUUGACGUGUUGGAUAAAAAUGCCGGAGCUUCAUGCGCCUCCGUGAGGGAGGAGAUGAUGCUGCUGUUGAGGGUGGCUUUGCUCUGCACCAGCCGGAAUCCGGCCGACCGGCCAACCAUGAGGGAUGUUGUAUCAAUGUUAGAAGAGGCCAAGCCUAAGAGAAAACUGCCUGGAAGUGGUGGUUUAGUUGGAGGCCACAAUGGCGGCGGCGAUGAUAUUCCUUUGCCGGAAAAACCACCGGCUAUAGUAGUUGAGUGUUAGUAGGAUUUGGUUUUUUUUUUUUUCGUUCUGAAUUUAAAUUGUGGGGAUUGGUAUAGGAAGUCAAUUUUAUUUUAUUCUUAAUUACCUUUGACUGAUGUAGUUUCCGAGUCUGGUCGAUUCUACUGGGUAGAGGCUAUAGCAUAUAUCGAGCCUGUAGAAUAUCAAUUUAUUGUUAUAUGCUUGCAAAUACUGAGUUAUGGAUGAUUUGCUUGAACAUAGAUUUUGAACAUUUUACUUACGACUUGUGACUUCAACGCUUCAUUUGAUCGAUGAUUUAUGUAUCAAUGAGUACGAUGACGACAUAUGAUCCAUAUAGCCAACCU